AUGAAAUUCUUCAUUGUAUUUGCUUGCGCUUUGGCUGUUGCCUCUUCUGGUUAUUCUACUCCAAAGUAUUAUGGACUUCAACAUCUUGCUGUGAUUGGUAAGGGUGGAGUACCGAUUGAUACUGCUGAGGUGCAACACGCAAGAGCUGCCCAUUUCUUGCACAAAGCUGAGGCUGAGGCUCAAAGUGGACACGAUUACUAUUACGAAGAACCAAGCUCAUCUUACGAGAGUUACAAUUCUGCUCCAGCAGCUCAAACUUACGGAUAUUCCACCAAGAUUGUCCAUGAGCAAGCUGCGUACAAUAAUCAAGGAUACGGUUCUUCUUAUAGUUAUGAACAACACGUACCAAUGAUCGUGAAAGGAGUACCAGUUGAUACCACUGAAGUACAACAAGCAAGAGCUGCCCAUUUGGCCGCUCACGCCUCUCAAAGUUACAAGAACUACCAAAGCCCAUCCACUUCCAACUACGGUUCUUCUUAUGGUUAUGAGCAACACGUGCCAAUGAUCGUGAAAGGAGUACCAGUUGAUACCAUUGAAGUUCAACACGUCAGAGCUGCCCAUUUGGCCGCUCACUUUGCUGCAAAAUCUCUUGAUUACUCCACCAAUUCCAUCCAGAGUGAAUACAAUAAUAAUGGUUACGCUUACCAACAACAUGUACCAUUGAUCGUGAAAGGAGUACCAGUUGAUACCAUCGAAGUCCAACACGCCAGAGCUGCUCAUCUCCAAGCCCACGCUUCAGCCAAAUCGCAUUACCAUCACUAUUAA